AUGGACGAUGCACUCUGCGGCCCGGACAAUACGUCCUGGUGCGUAGGGCUAUACAAGCGACUGGCAGCGGGAGCUGACCCGCAACCCGUUGGCUCGCCCGCCGUGAUCGAUUGGCUCGCGAAGACAGCCAAGGCCGUGAUUAUCGCGAAUUACCCCCUCGGCACCUGGGACGAGCAUCACGCCGUGAUGGGCAGUCUGCCGGCCUACGUUCGGGAAGGCGGGCGCCUCAUCAUCGGUCUCGCCGACCAGGAACCCUUGUACGGGGAUCGAUUGGAUUCCGUCUUCGCUCAGUUUGGUGUGCCGUGGCGGCAAGGAGACCGCGCCGACACCAGCUACAUGCUGAACGACGCGUGUGAUCUGCCUCCCGGGGGUACCCGUGAUGCGCUCCCGCUUCUAUACAACAUGGAAGCGGUUAAUGUCCGGGAUGCCCGCCGCGGCGAGAGACUCUUUCAGCCCGUCCAAGGCGCCACCAGAGAUGCUUCAACCGAUGAUGUCAUCGAGAUGCCGGAGGAAAACUGGCAGGCCGCGAUAGCGGGGGCAAAAGUUGGCGACGGGUAUCUGGUUUAUUGCGGGGACGUUCAUAUGAGAGACGAGUCGAUCGAUGUGAUUGCGACUCUGUGUGGUGUUUGA